ACGUGGCGGCCGGCGACAGUGCUGGCGUGGCUGGAAAGAGAUUUGAAGCUUCGACUCGAAGUGUUACAGGUUCUUCUUCACGCACGUGAACAUGUUUUGAGAUUAAGUUUGUGUACAGUGUACUUGCGUGUUUGGACCGGGCCGUACAUUAUUGGGGUUUCUAGAUUAGAGAACGAUCAACCACGACCUAAACCUCAACCGAUUCUCAGGAAAAAAAAACCUCAAACUUCAAUCAGAUCCCUAAACUGUUAUCCGAUCCUCUUCCUGCCGAUCCUCGGAGAAGGAUUUCAGGUUGCCAAUCGCUUCUCGCUUCUUUCCCUGUGAAGAUUCCUCCGACCACCGGAAAACAGCCAUCAUAUUCAAUUGCAGCCUUUGGAAUUUACCAAGUACCGACUACCUGAUUCUAAAAUUAUGUCUGUGGUACCGGGAACCCUCGCAAUUUACCAACUCUCCGAAUUUGGUGUGGUAUGGCAGCUAUGCAGCUCUGUUGAGACUGCAGCAGCCCAGAUGAUUCCACCUAGUGAUGAUGCGCUUAUGAUCCGAUUUAUGUUCUAUAAGGAAACCAUGCACAGUUUGGCAACAUUGCCGGAUGGAGAAGUUUUAGAGGUUUGGAUGAUCCCCGGAUCCCCAACUAAAGCCAUAACGGUCCGUCCCUCUGAGUUCCAUCACCACAAUGCUGAAACUAUUGCACAAACUCCUUCCGGGCAUCUGAUGAUGGAUUUUGUCCAGGCGCAUAUUCCUCCAAGACUUUUGGCCAAAAUUGUGCCAAAAAUAAUUCAUCUUGUUCAAAGUUCCAUUGGAUCAGACACCAAGGGUUUUGUUGAUGUGCGACUUUGUGAUACAAUUGCAGUUAAGCAUCAUCUUAAAGAUGAUGAAGCGAUUAGAGAUUCUAUGCGGGGCUAUUUUAAAGCUACGAGAUGUGGAACAUGUGCUAUUUGUUUGGACGACUACGAGAUUGAAUAUGACGACGGUGUUCGAUUACCAUGCUUGCAUUGCUUUCAUGGACCUUGCAUUUCUAAGUGGCUGGUGGUCAAACCCAGUUGCCCCAUUUGCUCCCACCCUUUGCUAUCACCUGAUAUACUAUUACCGUGGUUUAAUCCACCUGUGCAGGAUGGAAUUUUUGUGUUGCAUUCGAGCAUUUGAGCUCUGUUGGUGUAAUGGUUAAUUGAGAAAUUUUCUAUCUCUGUCUUUUUUUUCUUUUAUCUGAGAUGCAAAACUGUAUUAUCAUGUACUUUGUGGUUAUAUUUGAAUAUUGGCUUUCUAAAUUUUGAGGAGUUAUGUUA